UACCCUGACUUAUUCUCUGUAAAAUUGUUCUAUAUAACCAUGGGUAACGCAUUGCAGAAACUAGGCCAAAAAUUGCUAGAUGAACCCCAACCAUUCAGCUGUGAAAUUUGUAUGGAGUCUAUGUUGUUACCUAAUAAAAAAUUUAAGAAUCAGAAUCGCUGCGUCCAUCCAUUCUGUAUCGACUGUAUAGUAAAAUACAUCUCCGUUAAACUUGAGGACAACGUCGUUGAAAUUCCAUGUCCGUAUCUAAGUUGUAACCAAUUUUUGGACCCAAUCUGUUGCCGGAAUCUUGUGGGUCCUGAACUGUUUGUUAAAUGGUCCGACAAGCUGUGUGAGUCGUAUGUUUUAGGGUUGACACAUUGUUACUGUCCGAAUUGGAAUUGUUCUGCUUUGAUUUUGGAUGAGUGUGGUGGAGGGAAUGCGAAGCGAUCGCAGUGUCCAAAUUGCAAGAGAUUUUUUUGCUUACAGUGCAAGCUUUCAUGGCAUGCUGGAUUUAAGUGUGAGGAGGGUGGGGAAUUGAUGGAUAUAAACGACGUCGCUUUUGGUGUGCUUGUUGAACGUAACAAGUGGAAGAGGUGUCCUAACUGUCGAAGGUUUGUUAGCAAAACUGAUGGUUGCAAAAUAGUGAAAUGCAGGUCAGUUUGCUAGCUAUUACUUUCCUAUGUUUCUUCUUUUAACAAAAUAUUUUUAUCUUUACU